UUAGGCCUGUGAGGGCGUAUUUGCUCCGUGUCCCGUCGCCUGCCCCCUCUUCACGCCCCAAGAACUUGUGCAGCUAGAGCCACCAUCUGCGAUCACGGCUCUGGCCUGGGAACCUAACUGGCGCGCUCUGGCUGUUGGUUCAGCCUACGGAUUCGCCCUGAUCGAUCUACAGACGCACAGCGUGGCAUACAAUAAAUUCACACAUGGCCUGACCUUUACCGACGAUCAAGCAGCUGGUGCAGCACAAAAGAUUGUUGCCAGUGGACGCCACUUGAAGGAUACGCUGAGACAGUCCUUCCGCAAGUUGCGCAAACCUCGAGCUUCUGCGCCUGCCAAGGUCUCCACCGAAACGGAGCCCAAGAAGUCCACCGAAGAGGCUGCACCAGAAGCCGCUCCUGGUGCC